CUGAAGUGAAGUAUUGAAACUUCUAUCUACAUACAACAACAAAACGAAGCCUACCUACCUACCCGACUCUUCCUCCGUCCAUCCAUCCAUUCAAUCAACUCUCUCAACUAUGUCUUCCUCUUCCUCCUCCUCCUCCUCCAACAGCAACAGCCACGGCUCCUGCUCCACCGGCAGCACCGGUUCUUCCCAAGGCGGUAGUUAUGAAGUUACCUCUAGCGGCACCAACAGCCAGGGUAACCACUACUGUUCCCGCGACUACGGCAGUUCUGCAUCCAAUUCUUAUCAUUAUUCGAAUUCGAAUGGGAGUUAUUAUUACUCUAACCCGAAUGGAAGUACUUACUACAAUAAUGGAGCGGGGGGCGCGAGGUAUAAUCCGCCGAGUGGGAGGAAGUAGAGAGGUUGAUUGGCUGGUAGGGAGGGGAAGGAAGGAAGAGAGCUGGGGAGGGGAGAUGUUGAGGGGUGGAUUGUUGCCCGUCUUUGGGGGGAGGGAGGAUGAGCGGUAGUGGGAGGUGAGAGGGAGAGGUGAAUUGCGGCGAAGCGGACUCUUGAAUCGACUGAGAAAGGAAACGGAUGUUGUAUGUGGUUCAUUGUAUC